AUGGAGGCGGAGGAGGGGAGCAAGGUCGGGGAAGGAGGGAUCGAGGAGAGGAUACUCGGGGCGAUACGCGCCAGGGUUAGGGAUUUCAAGGAGCAGGCAGAGUGAGCGACUCUCCACUCUGAAAUAAAUUUCCUCUUUAUCAGUAUGGCCGUUUUGAGGCUAGUUUUUCGGGUGUUUUCUCUUUCCUGCUUGCGUCUUCACUUCUGUGGUUUACAUGGUUGGUGCUAAGCUUCACUGUAAAGAGUAGACUUGUGUCUUUGGUUUGGUUGAUUGCUUCUGUGGAUCAGUAAAGCUAGAUUUCCAUCUGCUGCUGGGGUUUAUGGUGUCGUGGGGCCUACCCAGCUCAAUGGUGUAGAAUUGUUGAUGCCUGCGAUUAGUGGCUGGUCUUGUUCUAUAUAUUGGUGUUGUCUCGGUAAUUCUGCCGUAAAAUCAUACGUUUCAGGUAUUCAAUGGCUUAUCACACUGACUUUUUUCUUCCGGAAGCUGUUCGUAUGCGGUGGACAGCAGAGGAGAGGAGAAACUCAUUCGAAUGAAAUGGAGUUUUUUCCUAUUUGAUUUCGAUUUAUGACAUAUUAGUAUCCACUGGGUUAUCAUUGCAUAGUGAUUAUAAUUCAGCUUACAUGGAGGAAAUGGCUAAAUAAAAAAUUGACCCUAUUUCCAGAAUUUAACCUACUUGGUAUGCCCGUCUGGUCAAAGAUACGAUGAAGCAUUCACUUUCUCAGUGUUGGAUGAUCCAUCAAAACUUCCUUCCAGAACGCAGAUCAUUCUUUGUCAUCCCCUGCUUUUACUUUUGCUACAGUUUCUAACCUCUUUAAAGCUUUUUGAAAGUUGUGAUGUUCUCUCAAUCCAUUCUCCGCAAAACAUUGCUUGAAGCACCAUACAAGAUAGCUUCUCAUCUUCUCUUGACGGACACUGUCAUGGCCAUAUUUUGUCGCAGCGCAACUAUUUAGCUCGCACAUAGCAAUGACCGCCUAAUUUGUAUACUAUAUGAUUGGUAUGCAUAGCAAUGUUUGUGUUGAUGUUAAUAUGUAGACGGUAUGUUUUUGAUAAAGCUGCCAAUGAAUCUCUAGUGCAUCCCUAGUUUGGCUAGGUUCCAAGUAAGAAAUAUCAUCUUCGAAGGCACCAAUGCAUCCUAUGCAUGAUCGCACGAACAGUCAAAAUCAUCGUCAAGAUCACAUCAAGACAUCUGAUUAAACUCUUCCUGGUUCUAAUUGUAUAUUUGUAACUGUCCUUUUAGGGUUUUGACCAAUCGACCAUCUCUUUGAACUCAUUUAACAACUUGAUCCAUAAAUGAAAGAAUGUUUCUGGAGGUUCAUUCUUGAGGAAGAAUCACUUGUCUUUUUGGCGAAGUUGUGGGAUAUGUUCUGAAAACAAUCUCAACAUGAUAUAGAGGUUGAAAAUAUGGAGAUUUUUUUGCUUAAGCUAGAGAAUUUGUAUCCCUCUGAUUUUUUCUGCUAUUUUCUUUGGAGUAAAUUUCCGCUAGUUUAGUUUCUCCUCUUGUUCCCUUUUUUGUCGUUCAUGGUUCUUUCGUCACAGAGUAUGCCUGAAAAUGAUAGUUACACUUUUAAAGGCUCUUCCUGUAGUUAAAAACCUCAUAAACUUUACCUUCAGACCCAAAUUAUUCCGUAUCAAGUGAAAUUUCUGUAUGAGAUGACUGUCUAGUUCAGGCAUCCUGGAAUAGAUGACUUUCUAGGUGAAGUACUAACGAGCUCAUAUCCUGUAGACAGAAUCAUUUUUCUUUCAUAUCGUCUUGUAUCAUUUAAUAUGCAAUAAGAUGAAGCUAUUCCUAGAAUAGUUUGUAUUUUGUGAUGCUUUAAUAUGACUCAUUUCCUUUCUUCUUUUGUAUCUUUUCUCAUAUCUACCCAAGGAGCCUAUAUCUCUGGGGUUUUUUCUUCCUCUCCAGUUUUAUCAUAUAUUUUUAGCUAAAGAAUUCCAGAUGUGAUUCCAGAUUUUUUAUCUAGGUAUUGUAAUCUGCUUCUAAUUUUUUUGUUUGGGUAUGCCACAUGUUUUAUUGCAUCGUUGAUCUGUGAUUUUGCUUCAGUUCAUAUUCAUCUUCUGUCAUAUUGUUGCAGUUCAAUAACUCUUGAGAAUGUUCGAAGGACGAUAGAGAAGGACCUUGGCAUGGGUGCAUUUACUCUUGAUGUGCAUAAAAGAUUCAUCAAGCAGUCUUUAGAAAAGGUAUUUUCAUUUUUCUUCAGUACAAUUCAUCUUAUUUCAGUUUCCUAAGAUUCACUGUUAGCCGUUCAUGAGAUGCAACUGCUUUAACAUGUUUGUUGAAAGCACCCUAGUUUCUGGAGCGUUCUAUUAACAGCAUUGAUUAUUCAAGUCUCCGUUUUGGACUCAUCUUAUCAUAGAUUCCUUUUCUUUUUUGCCUUUGACAUCAUAAUGAAAUCGUAUAAUGUAUGUUUGAGUUGAUGGAAUUAUGUUGGAGACAGCUUCUCUUAAUAAACUUUGAGGCGUUGUCAAUGAUGUGAAUCACUUCUUGAAAGAUUGCAUGCUAUUUCUUUGCUUUCUAUUAACGGUUCGUUCAUGCUUUUAUUUUUUUCCUAAGGCAGAUGACCGCAUUAGGCUUAGUUGUCUCUCUGUUGCUGUUAGGAGUGCAACGUUCAUUCUUUGACAUGGACCUACUUCCAUUGCAUAGAAAGAAACGUGUGACAGGAAAGACCACUGAAGGCCUUCUAAAGAUCGAAUCUUCUAGGCUCCCCAAGCUUUCUGCUCUUGCACCAACAGAAAACUCUGAUGCUUUUUCUACGGAAUUCCUUUAGUCCCAUAAAGGGAGAUCUUCUCAUGAUUAUAGCUCCGGCAUGCUGGCUUUGACACCUGGGAUUCUUGAUUCAUAAUGCAGCCAGAAGUACUGGGUAAAGGGGUGAUCACAUUGGCUGCUUAGUUUAGCCUACUCAAUGAUGCAUCUAGUUGAUCAUUGUCCACUAUUUCUUCUGGAACGAAUUAAAAUGUUUAUGAUCAUGGUUGGUUACGAUCAUGGUUGAUCCUUGUUGGCAACUUGUCAAAAGGGUCUUAAAACGUGAUCUCUCCUGCCUCCCUCGUGUGGGUAUAAUUGACGUUUAUCAGUUAAACAAAUGGCAUUACAUUAAUGGUGUCUAAUAGGUUAUGAACAUAAUAUAGCGAAUGGUGGAUGACACAAAAUGCUGAUUAUUGAAAGGGAGUCUGCAUUAAACCUUGCUCGGUCUUUGCAUAUCUUCUGUUUAUCAAGUCCUAGUUGGAGUAGUAUGAGUUGAUUAAGGGGAGAAUUGGACGCUGAAUGCCUGAGUAAAAUAAAAAAGAUGCAAGACUAGGGGCAAUCAGAUGAUAAACACAAGAUUUAAAGUGGUUUGUUCUUCCCCUAAAACUACUCUCUCCAAGCGACUCUUGGAAACUUCACAAGAUCUCUCUACAGACAAGCUAGUUUUUCCAAGUUGGUCAGUGAACCUUCACAUCCCAAGCCAGACCACACUCAAUUCCAAGGUUUCUUUCAUAUCAUCGGAACAAAGAGAAAGAAAUAAAGCAAAUUCGAGUUGGCACAGCAAAGUUAGAGAAAUGACUGAAGAGCACUGGAUGCUUUAUUGGUCUUGAAGGAAGCCUUGACGUGCCAUAGAUACUUUAUCUCCAACCGAGUGACUUGGUUUCUAAAACUUGGGCCCUUGAGAAGACCUUGCAAGGUUUGAGAAAGGUAUCUGAAUCUCUUUUGAUUUUUGUCCCUUUAUUUCUUCCAUUGUUAAUUUUUUAAUACUCAAGUUUUUUAGUGGUAAAUAUCAACCGGUUAAGGGUAAUUAAGGUUUCCUUGUCAAGGUGAAUUUCAGUGUGUUUGAGAAUUUUUGUGAUGGCCAUGCCAUGGCAGAGUGCUUCAAAAGGGAAGGAUUGGCGAAGGUUCCGAUAAUGGAUAGCGAUAGGAAGCUUGAAUAAUGUGCUAGUUAAAAAUACAACGGAUUGCAAAAACUUCAGACUGAUGAGGGUAUUGUAACAGCUACUACCUGGUAUGAUUGCAUGGUUAAUGAUGCCAUGAAGAAGAUGAAAAUGAAUUUGACCAAAAGUAGUCGCUCCUCAACAGUUGGAUUUAAACGAUCUACUAGUUCAAAAUCUGAGAAGUUUUGGACUUCAAUGGCAUGCCAAGUAUCCCAGUAAUCAUCUCAGUAUGAAGAACAGUACUCGGAUUCUUUAUAUGCAUCAUGCUGUCAUCAUAAGUUUUGGACUACACCCAGGAGUAUGGGUUCAUUCUUUUUGAAAAUGUUGAUGCAGACUGUAGUGUCAAAAAAUAUCUGGGCACAGAGGAAGUGGCUCUGCAGUAGAUGUGUUGACAAACUAAUUUGUUGUUCUAAGCACACUAGAUGUUGUUAUUUGUGAAUAUCUAACAUGUGAAAAUCAAGAAUUUGGAUGAAAGAAAAUACUUUUGUUCGCGCAUCUCGGUGAGAGUGGUCCUAAUUUAAGUUGGAAAACGUAUUUUGCCAUUAGUAAUACUCAAUGCUGAAGUAAUCGUCUUGGUGAGAAUGCAUAGGAAACACAAAAUGCGAAUGAACAGCCUGAGUUUGGUUUGUAAAUUAAAAUUCGCAUUCGUGUGAACGAACUAAUCAUCUAUUCCACGAAUGUGAGUACAUAAAUGCCCAUAUUUUUCAUAGGCACAGAUGUGGACACCAAUAUUCUUGCAAGUGCAAAAGUGGGUAAUUCCAGGAACACAAAUGCAAGCACUUGCAUCAUUUACUGGUGAGCGCUCGACAAACAUUCAAUUCUUUCAAUAUGCGAACAGUGGAUAACGAUUUGAUAUUGUAUAUAUGAUUCAUAUUUGGUAUUUUUAAGUAAUUACUUUGUAAGCCGAAGUUUAGACGCUGAAUAGUUUUUCUUUCUAUAAUUAUUUUGUUGUCAUGUAUGUGUUAUACAAAUGAAUGUGUAAUUUGAUAUACCUCGAGUAGUUUUGCAACUAGAGAUUGGUGAUAUGCUAUUUCUUUCUCCUGGAAAUUCUGUUCAGAUCUAGUUUGCCUUUGGUCCAGUCACGUUUUAGAAUCUUGUUAAUAUUUUUUGAUGUGCAGAAUAUUUUUCCCAUAUGAUGGAAGGUUCAUUAACACCUAUCUGAUUAAUUAUGGUUUCAUAAAAUUCUGCUUCAUGAGAUUUGAUGUUAUUUUCGAAUGUACGGAUGAUUCAUUCACAUGUGAUUUUUUAGUCUGGUCAGCAUCGUUUAUUAUUAGCAGGUUCACAUAAAUCUAAUCAUCUCUCAUUUGUUGACUAAUUAGUGCUUUGAUGUUGCUGAAGAGGAGGCUAUAUCUAAGGAUUCUGAGGAAAAUCUAAGUAUUGAACCAGGAAAUCAGAAACUUCUCACAAAAUCUGAUGGCAACUCACAAACCGAAGAAGAAAACGAUUCUGCAUCCACAGAUGACAAGAAAGUUGAAGAAAUCUCCACAGUGAGCAAUGGUACAGAUGGCCAUGGAACUGAUGAACCUCCUCGUACCAAGAUCAAAAUUGGUCUAAGUGAAGCUACGAUAAAGACGGCAAUAAAAAAAAGAGCAUCAUACUUAAGGGCCAAUUCUGAGUAUGCAUCUAUUUCUGCGUUACGUUUUUCAGUUUAAGUCAUUGGAAUUAAUUCUUUUAUUUUUUCUAUGUAAAGCUGUCAUUCCAGUUUAUGAUUACAUUUGUUGUAAAUCUGUCAAGUUUUAAUAGCUGUACUCUUCAAUUCACAAUUUUUAGGAAACUUUCUCUCAUUGGGGUUCGCCGACUACUGGAAGAAGAUCUUAAGCUUGAAAAGAAUACUCUUGAUCCAUAUAAAAAGUUCAUUAGCAGACAACUAGACGGGGUAACUUCUGAUGCCAAAACUCUGCAUGUUGGAGGUUUUCUUGCACUGAAAAUAGAAAAAUCGAAACAUUGUUCUUAUUCUCAGGUUCUUGAACCCCCUGCAACCGUCAAGCCUGUGACUGUGGGGAAAAAGCGUUCAGAAAAAGGUACUCCGUCUCCAAGGAUCAAGAGAUCUAAAAGAGCUAGUAGAAGUGAAGAUUUAGAAGAUUUAUCAGGUUCUGAUACGUAUAGAAGUGAGGAUGAGGAAAUAGAUGAUCGGAAAGAAAAAUCAAAAAGGCGUUCUUCCCAGAAUGUCAGGAGAGCUGCAAUACAGAAAAAGCAGAAAAAAUCUCCAGGGCUACGCAAAGCAUCUGCCGCUGGAAGACAAAUAAACGGAGAACCAACUGUGGAAAAAUCUUCUGACACUGAAGAUGGUAAUGACUCUUUGAAAGAUGCUGAGUUACAUCCAUCUGAUGAAGAGACUGUGAAGGUAAUCAAACGCAAUAACCUUUUCUUAAAGAAUCUUUUUUUUUCCCCCUUGCCUGGAUUUUUAUCAGAUAAUUUGAAGGUUUACCUUUUAACCAAGUCCCUCCAUAUGUAGCAUAAAAAAGAAACUCCUACCCGAACUUCUGGGAAAAAGGUUGAGCAUCUCAAAGCAAUAAUCAAAUCUUGUGGAAUAGGGUAAUAAUUUUUUUCUCUCGUGCUGGAAUUUUCAAACGUAAACAGUGAUUAUAUAUAGCUUACUCUUGUUUUUCAGAGUUCCGCCAUCAGUUUACAAGAGAGUGAAGCAGGCUCCUGAGAAUAAGCGUGAGUCCUACUUGAUAAAGGAGUUGGAGGAUAUCCUUCGCAAGGAAAGUCUAUCUACAAAUCCUUCUGAGAAAGGUAACCAUGUCAGUAAAAUGAAGAAAUUUAGAGAUGUACAAAGUUUUGGGAAAUUGUGGAAUAUGCAAAAAUCUCUUUCUUAUUUGAAGAUUUAAUUUGGAGCGUUGAUGUUGAGAGAAGAGAAGACCUUAUUAGUAGUUCUCGCGAAAAUGAAUGAAAUAGACUGAAAAUUCUCGACAGUUCCUGUUUGCAACAUAAAAUGCGCCUUUUGGAAUUUACAAAAACAUGACAAUUUUUGUUUUAUUCUAUUGUUCGCUGUAUAAUCAUUGUAUUAAAUACCGAGGGUUGUAUUAAUUAUACUUUUAUCUUUUAUUCAUAAGUUUGGUCUCUUUAUUUAUGUUUAUCUAUUCACAGAACUGUUUCCUUUUGACCACUACCUGCACUUGAGGUCACUGGGGCAUUUGUGUUCAAGCCAUGCCAUCUUAAUUCUGAAUGUUUUCACUGCUUUCAACUGUAGGUGUAGUGUUUAUCUUAGUAGAAUACCAUUUCAUAUGCAUCGAAAGACCCUGAACUGUUGCUGUAAAUAAGAAAUCAUUUAUGCCAUUCUGCUGAACUCUGGAACGUACCUACUUAAAUGCGUGAAUUUAAAAGGAGUGAACUUGAAAAUAGGUUUGAAUAGGUUUAAAUAGGAAAAUAAUGCUUAGUUUUCCUGUCUAUCGCUAUGCUGAUAGGAUUCAUGCUUAAUUUAAGCUAAAGGUUCGUCAUAAUCAUCAGUCCACCUAUUUCUGCUGGAUUCAAUGGAUGAUCUAUGAACAGGGUAACUUUUUCGAUCACAUCACUCCUGUCCAAAGCCACUUUUCUAAACUUGGCACAGUGUAAUUGGUAAAACCAGCGUUAGACUGCAGAAGGUUUUCCAGGUAGCCAAUAGGUAGAGAACUUUAUUCUUGGUGCACAUUUGAAUCUCAUUGGAAUAUGGAGGAACCCUUGAGUUCGAUGUUAGAAAGCAUUUGUUACAGACAGGGUAAUGUGCCUGAUACAUUGAUAUAUCGUACUUCUAUAUCCACUUGGAGUCAAGGAAAGAACCUGUUUUUAUUACCUGCCCAACAUCACGCCAAUUCAAGAUAUCAUGACAAACAAAAUAGAUGAUCCAGGUCUUAUGCAUAUUUUCCAAAAGCUUGAUAUUAUGCCUAAAAUCGACACUAUGAAUCAUUGAAGUAGGCAGAAACAGUUGAUUAGAAGUGUUUUUAUAAACACAUUUAUAGCCAUGUUACAGAAGAUCUCAGUAGAAAUAAUCAUAGGCCACUGCAUCGAAUAUACCUGAAAAUCACUCGGCUUCAUCUUUUGAGAUGAUCCCUAGUCUUAAAAGUUUAUGUAAAAUAGAUAUGAGAUUAAAAGGUCAGAAAGCGGCUUUCUUGUUGUAACAUGAUCAAAACAUUAAUUUAAAGGACCACCUUCAAGGUCUUCUUUAAUAGAAUGAAAGCAUGAACCAUUUUAAGAGAACGUGGAAUAAGUUAGUUUUCUUCCAUGGGUUUAGUGCUCCCUCCCCUCCCCAUCCUCCAGUCUUCCUUUUUUAUUUUUGGGACUGAACUAGUUGAAAGAGAUGGUCUUUAAAGUGGACUGGGUAAAACUUUAUCAUGUGGUUUGAUAUGUGGCUUUUUGUUUUUACUUAAGUUGUCUUGAGCAGCUAAGACAAGCGUCAACCUCUUUAUUUUAGAGUUUUCUUCUGAUUUAUCAUUUCUUAUCUAGCUUCCCGAGAUAAAUAUCAAGUUUUCAUUAUCAUAAAUUGAAGAAUGAGCAUAUUAUUGGUCAUGUUUUAAUGUUUUAUUACAGCAGUUGAGCUCUCCUAACAAACAUGGAUACACAAAAUUGGAAAAUAUACGUCAAUGGAUAAUUGUGUUGUAAUCUUGUUGCCCGUUUUUCAGAAAUCAAGGCUGUUAGAAAGAAGAAAGAGAGAGCAAAGGAACUCGAAGGUAUCGACUUAAGUAACAUUGUGUCAAGUACUCGUCGGCGUUCCACCUCCAGUUUUGCUAUUCCUCCAAAACCUGAGCUCCCAGCCGAAAGUGAUGAGGAUGACGAAGAAGAGAAUGAAGAAGGAGAUGAAGAAGAAGGGGAUGAGGAUGAAGAGGAUGAAGUGUCUGACGAAGAAAAUAAUGACAGUGAAGAAAAGGCUGAAGGUAAAUUCUGUCAAUCUUAAGUUACCUGUUCACUAUUCCUGUAGUGAAGAUGCCUCUGGGUUUGACUGUAUCAUGGUUUUCUGUUUCUCAAUUUCCAAGUGGCAAUUUAUGUAUUACUAAGGGCUGUUUUUUUGCUUGUUUUCAGAUUCUCAUUGUUAUCACACUUGAUUCCUCCCUACGACUUCUAUUCAUCAAAAAUUAGCUUGAUUCAGAAAGACGUGCUGACAAUGAUGUUAACAUAGUAUUUUGUAGUUCUGUUUAGUUGCUUACUGAUAUGAUCUUUGGUAUUAAAUAUUAUUACCUUGGUUCUAUGGUGACUCUUUUGCUUCACACACUGUUGCAUGGCUUUGAACAUAAUCCUUUGGAAGUAAUCACCAUUCCGAGGAAGUACUAUUGUCCAUAUUCUCGAGACAAUUUUUAUAACGUCCAUUGAGAUCACGCUAAGCUGCAGAUCAUCAGAGCUAAAUGAUAGCUGGUAUGAGCUAAAGAUUCUCUUGAAACAGUUCUAAAACUCACUGAAAUUGUGAUUGUCUAACAUUAAUCGCUUCCAUCCCUUUGCCACUGACUGGAACAAUUCUGUUGAUCUUUUCUACCAUUCUCCCCAAAAUCUACGUACAUCAGCAGGCGCCUUACAUUUUCAGAUGGUAAGAGGAUUUUUAGAUGAGUCUGAUGGAUUAGUAUCAAGGGUAGUACGUGGAAGCUGAGGCAAGGUACCUGGAGAAAGGGCAGCAGAGUCAGUAACUCACAUCUUUCCUCAUUGAAAUGCUGCGAAAAGUCGGAGAUAAAGAUUUCCCUGAAGCCCUGGAGGCUAUCUAAGGCUUCAAGAUAAAGAUUUUUUCUAAGUCGUGGUUAGACUGAAAUAGUGACCCUGUCAUUUUGGUAGCAAAGUAUGGAGCAGCGUAGGGUAUAGAGCCCUGCUAAUCAGGUGUCCACCUUUGGUUAGGGGGGUUCUUUCUCUAUGAUCUGAUAUAUACAUAUAUCAUGUAUAUAUAUAUAUAUAUAUAUAUAUAUAUAGAGAGAGAGAGAGAGAGAUUAUGUUUUCAUUCAUAGUAAUUACGUGGAACUGUCAAGUUCUUAGACAGUAAUGUCUACUAUUUUAUGUUCAAUGAGACUGUUUCUAAAAAAGGAAGUUAUUUUGUUUUUCUGUUUGCACAUGGGUGCAUGACUCAGUCAUGAAUGCCACUAAAUGGAAUCCGUCUGGAAUCCAAUCGAUAGGUUGUGUAAAUUAUUCAUUCAUUCCUUCAAGAUUUCAUUUAUGUAAACUGUUCCUUAUUAAUGAUGGUAUACAUUCCUUCAUUAACGAUUAUGUGAUAUGCUGAUCAUAUUUUCUCAAUUUUUGUCUUUUAGAUGGGGACGAGGAGAGUGAUUGA